CGCGGCGCAGGGCGCGUGCCCCUUCCCGUGGAUAUUACCCGUUCUGGAUUCUAUACUCUAUAUCCCACGUUUAACGCUCUCCUGACUGACUGACGGACUGACUGACUGCAUGAUGCAGUCCGACUUGAGCUCAUGUGUUCUGUGCGAUCCGCGACGUGGACUCGCGUAACUUUGCGCACGACUUUGCAACUUCGUGCACAAGACUUUCCCUUGUCUUGGAUCGGUCCGACCACCUGUAACCAUCUGAAUGGAAAGUAUGUCACCGCAGCAGCACGUAAACAUCAGCCAGAGCCGCUGUUCAUCAGUCACAGAGGAGAGCAGAAUGUCUGCGCAUCUGGAGAACAAGCGGAGGACAAAGGCCCUGUCUUGUCGCAGGCAGUCUGCUCCUUCCUUGGUCAUCAGCAAAGCACUUACAAGAUCCAGAACAAUAUCCAGGGAUAACAGUCUUUCUCCAGUCAGCCCAGAGACCUGCCUAUUGGUACAGUCGUAUCUUAAUCCUUCGAGGAUGUUUAUUGGUCAUGUAUACGCACAGCUGAAGACUGGUCUGCAGACCCAGGAGAGACACAUGUUCCUUUUCACUGACAUGCUGCUCAUCAGCAAGGCCAAAUCCUCAACCAACUUUAAGAUGAAGGCACAGACGCGCGUUUGCGAGAUGUGGAUCGCAAACUGCAUGGAAGAAGUGUGUGAGGGGAGUACGUGCCUUGACAAAAGCUUUGUGAUGGGUUGGCCGACUUGCAACUGCGUAGCCACUUUCAGUUCAGUUGAACUGAAGGAAAGAUGGCUUUCCCUUAUAAAAAGUCGAAUAAAGGAGGAGAAGGAGAAAGAUAAUCCGAAAACAAUUCCUCUUAAAGUGCACGCCAAGGACAUGGGGAACUUUUCGUAUAAAACAAUUGCUGUGAGCAAUUCCGACAGUGCCAAUGAAGUGAUCCGUCUCGCACUGCAGCAAUUUGGGAUCGUGGGUUCUGUGAAGGACUUCCAACUGUGGGUGAGUUCCAGAAAGGACAAUGCUCCUUACCCUCUUAUUGGUCAUGAGUUUCCUUUCAGUAUACAGAUGAGCCAUUUACGAGAGCCCUUGGAUGAAAAUGGUGAAAAAACUGAUGAAGCCAUUCUACCUGAAAGACAAAUAGAGCUACUCUAUGAGCAGUUACAGUCAGAUAAUCAGUGCCAGUUCAUUCUGAGGCCAAGUCGGGUUGCUGUGGGCCACUCCUUUGUUGUUGAUCCAGACCAGAAGCCAUUCAAAAGACGACGGUCACUCAUCAACUGGGCUUUUUGGCGUGGCUCCUCCAAUCAACUGGAUGAUCCUCCUUUAUCACCCCAUUUAUCCACACCAGAGAAGCUCUUCGGCCUGCCCCUCAGCAUGGUAUGCAAGGAUAACAGCCUUCCCAAACCCAUCAUGGACAUGCUAGUGUUUCUGUUCCAAGAGGGGCCAUUCACAAGGGGAAUUUUCCGGCGCUCUGCUGGGGCCAAAGCCUGCAGGGAGCUGAGAGAUAAACUGGACACAGGAAUCCAGGUUGUUCCGAUGAGCCGACAGUCUAUCUUUGUGAUUGCUGCUGUAUUGAAGGACUUCCUGCGCAGCAUCCCAGGGAGCCUGCUGUGGUCAGACCUUUAUGAGAAGUGGAUGGCCACCAUGGACUUGUCUGAAACAGAGGACAAUCGAUUAAAGGCCAUUCAGGGUUUGGUGAUGUCGCUUCCAUCUGAGAAUAUCCUGCUCCUAAAGCAUGUUUUGGCAGUGCUCUACAACAUUCAGCUCCAUGCCGAAGACAACCAGAUGAAUGCGUUUAACUUGGCCAUAUGCAUUUCUCCCAGCUUGCUCUGGUCCCAAGGUCCCAGCACCCCUGAGACUGAAGGAGAAGGUACCAAGAAGGUCUGUGACUUGGCACGGGUAAUGAUUGAAAAUUGCAUGGCAAUAAUGGGAGAAGAUGUGAUGACAUUAUUUGAUGGUUUUCCUCAGAGCUGCAGUCAUGGAUCAGAUGUGUCCUCUUAUCAGAUGACUGACUCAUCCUAUGACAGCCUUGAGAACGAGUUGAAUGAUGACUCCGGACCACUUUUUCAAACCAUGCAGAGACCACGAACCAAGACAGACAGUCGCAGUUAUGACUCAGUGUUUACACUUAGUGACUGUGAUCUGGAUCCAACUGAAACCGACCCAGACCCGACCACAAACAAACACCUUUUACUCCCUUCACUAGCCUCCCCAGUAAAAACAUCCCAGGUGGUGAGUCCGUCCACUCCUCACCUGCAUUCUCCUUGCAAGGAAUCUUAUUUUCCUAAGGGUGUUCGACAGCUGAGACGUUCUUCUGAGCCUGCCAUUUGGAAUUCAUCCUCAUCCCUAACCAAAUAUCUACAAUGUAGGGAACAAAGGAAGGGUAGUUACGAAUGCGUGAGAAGCCAAGGCGUAAGUGAUGUAGACCUUGAAGUUGACUUAAACACUUUGAGGCUGGAGAAGCAGUGUGAUCGUAGUCCAACGGUUCAGAAUGAGAGAAAUUUCUCCCAACGAUCAAAAGAUCGACCAAAACCUCCACCUCUGCAUUUAGAUACCAGCUGCACAAAUCUGUCCUCCCCUGGGGCUUCACCAGUACAUUCUUCAGUGAGCUCUCUAGAGAGUGCUUCCUCUCAGCACUCUGCUGACUACAGCAAACAUUGCUCUCACAUAAUGGGGAGCUUCAAGGCUUCAGUAAGAUCUUCUACAAAGUUCCAUGGCAUUGUGUCUGAAAUUUUGCCUGGUUCAGCCAUAAAUUUGGCUAAGGAUUAUCCACCUAAAGAGAAAUUAGACUGGAGCCAGUUUAGGAGCAGUCAUGGGUUACAUCCAAAUACCUGGCUUAAGAAAGAUCACAGACUUUCUUUAUCCAAAGACAAAGGAGGCCUGGAUGACAAGGACACUUGUGAUUUAUUACUUCCUUCUGAGGAUUGCUCCAAAUCAAGAAAUGACAAAGAGGGGAGAGCUCAGGAAUCAGAUAUCCUUCCUGCUCGAAAAGGAUCUACCAGCCCUCUCUGCUCUGAAGAACCCAUGCUUGAAACACAACCGUGCAGGUCAUUAAAUUCCCCUGCCUUGGAAAGCACUUUAACAGUGAAAGAACUAAGAGAUAUUCACAACCAGACGUGUUCCCUGAGUAAGCAAAGCCCAGUACAGAAGUACUCUCAGAAAAGCACAUUAGGAGGGAAUACCAGCAGUUUGCCACAGGCUGUGUUCUAUGGCCAAAGUGUUUGCCGCUUGGCUUUGAACAGAAAGAAAUCUUACUCUCUCGUCCCUGUCGAGGGGAAGUCUCUUGUACGUCCUUCCUUUCAGCGCCGAGCAUCUGAACCUGGAGAGACUUGUGUGGGACUGGAUAGGGAGACAGCAAAGAGUCUGGAGCAUAUCCACAGGCAGGCCGUAGGAAGACAAGACACAUAUUCCACCAAGCAGCCUCAUGGACCUAAAGUGUCUGACGUGGAGCAAGAUGAUAAGUAUAGUAAACCCGAGUUUGGUUUGUCUCCUGCUGCCACAAAGGCUGUGAGGAACUACUUCUUUUGGCAAGGAGGUGAAGAUACCCAGACUAAUCUAAAGAAGAGUCAGGAAGUGGCACUGGCUGUUGUCCAUGGCAAGCGGGAGUGGAGAAGGAGGUGCAGUGACACACAGCUAGAAGACUUUGAAAAAAUGCUUUUUUCAGAGGAGUCUUACGUCUAAGUUCCUGGGUUCUAAUACAGUAUUUCCCAUUUAGUUAAAUUAUAGCUAUCCCUGGUCCAAAAACCUGAUUAUCUAUAUUUCUUUAAUGAUAAAUAUAUUUUAUAUGUUAGAUAAUUAGGAAGAGAUAUAAACUGUGCAGGGUAUUUUAGUACUAGAUUAAGAUGACACAGCCCUAAAUACUACUCCAGAAUACUUGUUGCCUUUAAAAAAGAUGGGUAUAAAUGGUCAUAAACAGUCAUCUACUGUAUGGCUUCCUGUUUCGUUGGGGUUUAAACAUGAGGUGAUAAUGGGGGCCAAAUGCAAAAUGAAAUUAGACAAUAGUGUGUAAGCUGGUCUUCAUAAAACAGGCAAUGGCUAUUAAAAUGGCUGCAUGCCCGAAAUAUCCACAUUGGAGUGAUGAUUAGAUUUAAUGAACCUGGCUGGAAGAGAUUGCAUGGAUGUUUUGCUCUAAGCAGAGUGAGGUUAGAGAUCCAAAAAUGGAUCACAGUUGGAGAUUUGCAGGAGACAGCUGUAUUUUGGAGUCACCAAGUCUCCAAAUCUACAAUUAGACACCACCUCCAUGCCAACUAACCAUUGGGAAGGCAUGCCAAAAGAAAAACUUUUCUUUCAUCUGACCACAAAAGUGCGUGCCUGGAGUUUUCUGAAUGUUGCAUUGGAACGCUGAUUGGAGCUGUUUUUGAUCCUGAUACAUCAUCAUGAAGUACAAGGAGAUUGUAAAUGAAGAUCUGACUUCUUUUCCCAGAAACCUAUGUACAAGUAGGUCACGCUUGGAUCAGAAACAUACCUCAAAAUACACACAAAACUAACUCAACGACCAAAGAUUAAAGAGUUUGACCGGGCCAUCCCAGUUCCUGACCCACAGCCAUUUGAAAACGUGUGUUAUGAGCUAGAAUCUUCAAGUAUGUAGAGAUUCUGUAUUUUGAAUUGUGUUCAUAGUGCUUGCUGUGUAUUUACCUCUGUCUACAGGAGAUGUCAUAGUGACACAAGUCCAAGUAUGCAAUGCACAGAAAAGGAUUUGGGGUGAUAAUGACCUUUUAUUACCCAUAUUUAAAGGCUGUCAAUGAUUCUGGAAUAAUUGUCUUAUUAAGUCUUUAAAUAGUGAAUAUGGCAUGUUGUGCAUGCUUACAGUUUUUGGUCAUUCAGUAAAUUCAAUUUUUCACAUUAUUUUAAUGGGGCUUAGUGAGAAGCAAAGCAACUGUAAUUGUAUGCUGUGCUUUAUUUAUUUUUGAUUGUUAUAUUAUUAAAUUCAAGAAAUACAGUGAA